AUGGAUACAAUAAAGCAAAAUUUAGAGAUACUUACGACUGAAGUAUACAGCCACUGUCCAAUUCAUCAGCGAGGCAGUAAGGUCAUUGCCUUUGUAAGCCGGAAAGCAGAGAAUCGGCAUCAUUACAAGAAUAAAAGCAGAGGCGGCCAUUCCGAUUGGCUUACUCAAUUUACCAAGAUGCCAUGGUCCAGGUCUAAACCUGUCCCCGACAAAGAAUACUCGAAUGAAGAUAGGGAUGGUGAAAGCAACGUAGGCUGCGAUAGCGCCGACGGAGAAGAUCGCGCCAAUAGCUACUGUUCCGCCGAAGAUCAACAACAAGAGAAGGCAGCCUAUGACUGUAUUGAACCACACAGCGUUGACUGGAGUAUAAGUAUACUCAUUAAUUUUCUUGAUCCACCAAGAACACGGAAAGCAAUCAUCUCGGGCAUAAGCAAAAGUCACACGGGAGGCGGCCACCAUGCAUCCUUGGCCCAUGAAGAAUGCGCACAUGAUAGUGAUGGCAAGAAUAGCGAGCGCAAUCUUCUGUGGCAUCACUUGAACGAGAUACGAUGCCCAUGGCUGCCCGAGAGGGGAAUCAAGAACUUCGGUUAUAUCGAUGACAGUAUAAGCAACAACAAGCUGCAAAGCCCAUCCCAUAAGACCUCCAAUCCCACUAGUCAGGACGAUAGCUCGUGGAGCUGCGAUGUUGGCGUUGCUACACUCCUCCGAGAGAUGGAAAGGAGCAUCGUAUCCAGACAUCGUCCAAAUGAUGGCGAUAAAAGACAUCAAGACCGCGACUCCGUCUGGCCAAUCAGUGCCAUUCUGAAUGGACCAGACCUCCUUCGAAGGAAAGAAUUUAGGUGUUGUGGCAGUCCCGGUAACCGACGUUGGAAUCAUGAUGAUUACCACCAACAAAGCUAUCAUAUUCAAUGUCGAUCCAAACGAGUUGAACUUCGCAAUCCAUAA